AUGCUCUUAAAUAGAUAUUAUAAUCAAUUUAGAAGAUUAUUGUUAAACACUGUAGGUUAUAUUACAUCUUACACCCUACAACCCACUGAUGUAAAUAUGUAUAAUCCGAUGUAUCACAUUGAUAUUGAUCUUUAUUACAUAAAAAUGAGCGAUGACGAUCUGACUAUAAAUAAGGGCUUUGAGUUAAAUAAAGAAAUAAAAUCUGUUUCUCUCAGUGAUCCACUUGAAGAGAUUAUUGUAUCUACAUUGUCAGUGAUUGCGUUUAAUAGUUUGACUCGUAAAAGGAUACUUAUAGUUUUUGAUGAUGAUAUGGCGGUUGAUAAGAAUCGUUCAAGUUUUUUAGUUAGCCUUUUUAAAGGGCUUUCUUUUUUGCGCUCAGAAAUUAUUACUAAGACGUUUGAUACAAAAAAUGAACAGAUUAGAAUGUGUGAUGUGCCUUUAGCAUUGUGCUUAAUAAAGUUCUUGGAUCUAACUUAUUGCUUAAAACAAUCGGAUCCGUAUGGUACAUUUAGAAAUAUAGAAGAGCCAGUUUUGGACGUUACAGGAUUGACCAAAUUCCUAAAUUCGAGUUUCAGCCAACAGCAGUAUCUCGAAUUAUUGCAUUGUGUGUAUGUAAAAAAUAAUUUUUAUGUUUUAUUUGGUAAAGAAGGUAUACAACUAUAUGAUAUGCUUUCGAGUUAUUCUGAUGAAAAUAAAGGCAAUGAAUGUAAUUUAGAUUUUAAAGAAAUUGUUAAAACAUUAUUUAGGGUUGGAGAACAUUCCGACAAAAAUUCACUCUUAAUUUUUUCAGAUCUUGUUAAAUAUGUUCAGGUGACAGAUAACAGAAAAUUAAUUGAAUAUUUACACAGAGGUAAAGUGGACAUUAAAAACAAGGUUUUUACAUCUAAUAAGUUUGAAAUUAUCGUUGAUGACGUUAUUGAAACAUCCUCUAGGAGUGAUGACAACUCAAUAUAUUUUUUGCAAUGGAGAAAUCAACCCGUUAAAGAGGUUAAUGAAAGGCGUGAAUAUGUUUUUACAUUACUAAAACAAAGAAUUGAUGUAACUAAAAAAAGGUUUAAUAUGUUAUUGAUACGAAUGAAAAAUUUAUAUGUUCCUGAUAUAGGUUAUAUUGGAAGUACGGACGGUGGUUUUAACGCCAUGGCUACUAACAUGAUUAAUUAUACAAAAAGUUUUGUAUCAAAUUUAAUUUUUCCUACGGAGGGGAAUACAUUAGACUUUAUACAACAACUUGAUCAUAAAAUGUGUAAUAAGUGUGAACGGCUGUUUACCAGACGAAUGUUUUUUGAUAUGGACAAGCCUCAAAAUUUGAAGGAAGAGUUGGUAGCUUUGCUUGAAGAACCAGAUUGUAUAACUAAAUAUAUUUACAGCCUUUUAAUUAAUGCUAAUAUUUUUCCGCAAUUUCCGAGAUAUGAAGGUUUUGCACGAAAUGAUGAUCUGCUGCCAACCUGUAAAUUCCCUAGCAAUUUUCCCGUAACAGAAUGUCGAGGUGAGAACUUGCAAGCUACUAACGAAGAAUUACUGAAACUUGAUAUUAAUAUUGAUUUAUAUGCAUUACAUUUUGUAAAAAAAUUUUUGUAUUUUAGAUACGAAGGGUUUUAUUUAUUAACUUGUUUGCAAUUCUAUAAUUAUAAGAAGUAUAAAGACAUAGCGCGUUCGGAGCUAAAAAAAUCAAGUGAAGAUUUUGAAAAUGAAAAGAUUUGGAGAGUUCCAUUUCGCAGAUUGACAUAUUUUGCUAAGAUAAAAGGUUUUUUUUCUGAUCAUAGCGAAACAUUUUUUGAUGGCGAACCACACAAGGACAGAGUUAGUCAGUUCUCUAGUGAUGUAGUAAAUGGAUGGAUUGAUUUUACAGGACCUAAUUACCAGCUUGUUAAACAAUUUAAGGAUAGGAAAACAGAAGAAGAAUACAGCGAAAUGACAGCUACGGGAGAAGAAAGUUAUUAA